AUGGGGCUUCGAGAAAGCAUAAAGUCGGGAAUCUUAGAUGUUUUGGGUGCUGUUGACGACGAUGCGAUAGAUUUUUGCAUGGCAAAAGCCAAAGAUGCUGCCUCAGUGAAAGACCUCGAAAACUCUUUGGAAGAGCUUGGUUUAAAGACGCUGGCUCCAAAAUUGUACAGCAUUAUGCAUCCAGAUUCUAUAUUCAAGAACAAAAAUGUCCCAAAAAUUCGUUAUGAUCGGUUACGAAAGGAAGUACAGAUUUUUGAACAAGACAUUGAGAAAUAUGGAUGGGAGAACUUGUCCCAAAGAGAGCAAGAGGAGUUCACUAUGAAAAAAGAUAUGCUUGCUUCCUUCAACCUAGAAAACGAAUCAUGGGAAGAGCAGCAACUAAACCGAGUCAAAAGAAAAGUCGAGGACAAACCCAAGCCCGAGCUCGAGCCAGAAUCCGAAGACGAGAGUGGAUAUGAAUACGACUCGGAUCAAGCAAUUGAGUUUGAUGAAACAGAAACAAUUCCUGAACAAGACGUUGAAGACGACUCCAAGCUACCUGUGAUGUUACAUCGCAAACAGCUGAUGGACCUCGUCAAGCAUAACCAAAUCGUUAUUGUUGCUGGAGAAACAGGAUCUGGCAAAACUACAAAAAUACCACAAUUUUUGUACGAGGAUGGAUAUGCAGAGCACGGAAAAAUAGCAUGCACACAGCCCCGUCGAAUCGCGGCAAUGUCAGUGGCUACACGCGUCGCUCAAGAGAUGAACGUUAGGCUUGGAGGGAAAGUAGGCUACACAAUCCGAUUUGAUGAUAAUACCAGCAAAGAAACUAGAAUACAGUACAUGACCGACGGCAUGUUAAUGCGAGAGUUCCUAACAGACUCUGAAAUGUCCAAGUUCUCGGCUGUUAUGAUUGAUGAGGCUCACGAGCGCACGCUGCAAACUGAUGUUCUUCUUGCUUUGAUCAGGGAUAUUUGUACGGUGCGACCAGAACUCAAAGUAAUUAUUUCAUCGGCAACUAUCAACUCCGACCGAUUCUCUUCUUAUUUUGGCCAUGCCCCUGUCUACGUUGUUCCUGGUCGACGGUUCCCGGUUGAUAUCUUAUAUGUUAAACAACCUGAAGCGAACUAUCUCCAGGCAGCCAUAAUGACAGUGUUUCAGAUUCAUUUGACUCAAGAUUUAGGCGACAUUCUCGUGUUUUUGCCAGGUCAAGAAGACAUUGAGAAUAUGGCUGAGAGUUUACAGGAAACUAAACUACGACUCGGAAAUAGCAUCAAAGAUCUACUGAUCUGUCCUAUCUAUGCGAACCUUCCGUCAGAGCAACAGGCCCGAAUUUUUGAACCAACGCCUAAUGGAGCAAGAAAAGUUGUUUUGGCAACAAAUAUCGCUGAGACGAGUUUGACUAUAGACGGCAUUGUGUAUGUCGUUGACCCUGGUCUGGUAAAAGAGAAAGAAUACAACCCGAGGACAAUGAUGGAAUCGCUAGUGACCAAAGAGUGCUCGCAAGCAAGCGCCAACCAAAGAGCUGGACGUGCAGGUCGCGUCUGUCCGGGAAAGUGUUUCCGUUUAUACACAAGACAAGCUUAUGAAGAUCUGUUGCAACCCGAGUCGCGACCAGAAGUUUUGAGGGUCAACUUGGCCGCUAUUGUACUUCUGUUGAUGUCGUUUGGGGUUUCCAAUGUCUUUGAGUUCCAACUCCUUGACAUGCCGACCCCUGAAGCACUCGUAAAAGCCAUGCAGACACUGUACCAGCUAGGUGCCGUAAAUGGCGCUGGCAAGCUAACAAAGCUGGGUAGGCAAAUGGCAGAGUUUCCAGCAGAUCCAAUGCUGGCGAAAGUUUUGAUUGCUUCAGGCACAUUGGGCUGCUCCGAUGAGAUAAUUACCAUCAUAGCGAUGGUCGGUGAGCUAGGCAACCUGUUUUACCGCCCACGAGGUAAAAAGGAGGAAGCUGAUUUUGCUCACAAUUCUCUCAGUCAACCUGAGGGUGAUCAUUUUACUUUACUUCAAGUGUGGUUCCAAUGGUCCGCAUCCAACUUCUCGUACCAAUGGUGCCGCGAUCAUUUCGUCCAACACCGCACGAUGAAAAGAGUGAGAGAUGUUCGAAAACAGCUCUUCCGGCUUUGCGAAAGAGCAGGAAUCAUAUCAGAUGCUCAGGCCAAUGAUCCUAAUGCAAUUCAAAAGGCACUACUGGCAGGCUACUUCGCCUAUACUGCACGGCUUUCUAAAAGCGGAGACUUCUACAUAACCCAAGGAACUAAGCAGAGCGUCUGGAUACACCCUUCUAGCUCCUUGCACUCCCGCAAACCACUGCCAAAAUAUGUGCUGUUCCACGAACUGGCACUGACGUCUAGAGAGUUUAUGCGUGGCGUUUUGGUGGUCGAGCCAGAAUGGAUUCGCCAGGUCGCCCCGCAUUAUUUCAAGCAAGUCGAGGAAAGAAAAAGACCGGUCUUAAGAUAA